GUCAAACAGGCGUCAGAAGAUGACAAACAGGCGAGUGAUCAUGAGCUGCUCUCUUACCCCGCGUCCAGCGCGCUCGGCGCGGAUCUGACGGAGCGUUCCCCGCAGCAGCAGCCGCCUCUUAUGGACGCCGAGCGGAGCGAAGCUCGCACCGAAGCAGCAGAGCCAGACCUCUCGACGCGCAUGGAUUUGCCCACGGGGGAACUUCUUCUAAGCGCCUGAUCGCUCCCACCGCAGCCUCGCCCUCUCUCCCCAUGAAAAACAGCGUCUGGAGCGGUGCGAUGAUGUCGAGCAAAAGCGCCGAGUGGCUGCAAGAGGAGCUCCAGUCCGGCGGAGGAUCGCUACUGCUGCUCGACUGCCGCUCACACGAGCUCUACGAGUCCUCGCACAUCGAGUCCGCCAUCAACCUGGCCAUCCCGGGACUCAUGCUGCGGAGGCUGAAGAAGGGCAACCUGCCCAUCCGCUCCAUCAUCCCCAACACCGAGGACAAGGAGCGCUUCGUGCGGCGCUGUAAGACGGACACGGUGCUGCUGUACGACGAGGCGGCGGCGGCGGACUGGCAGAGCUCCGUGCUCGGGCUCCUCAUGCACAAGCUGCGGGACGACGGCUGCAAAGCCUACUACCUGGAAGGAGGAUUUAACAAGUUUCAGACUGAAUACCCAGAGCACUGCGAGACGAAUCUGGACUGCUCCUGUCCGAGCAGCUCUCCUCCGGCGUCUGUCCUGGGUCUCGGGGGUCUGAGGAUCAGUUCGGACUGCUCUGACGGCGAGUCGGAUCGGGAACCGGGCAGUGCCACCGAGUCCGAGGGCAGCCCCCUGCCCAGUAACCAGCCAGCGUUCCCCGUCCAGAUCCUGCCCUAUCUGUACCUGGGCUGUGCCAAAGACUCCGCCAACCUGGACGUCCUGGGCAAGUACAACAUCAAGUACAUCCUGAACGUCACUCCCAACCUGCCCAACAUGUUCGAGCACGACGGGGAAUUCAAGUACAAGCAGAUCCCCAUCUCUGAUCACUGGAGCCAAAACCUAUCUCAGUUUUUCCCUGAAGCCAUUUCUUUUAUCGAUGAAGCUCGUUCCAAAAAGUGUGGCAUCUUGGUGCACUGCCUUGCGGGCAUCAGUCGCUCGGUCACAGUCACGGUGGCGUACCUGAUGCAGAAGCUCAACCUGUCGCUCAACGACGCCUACGACUUUGUCAAGCGCAAGAAGUCCAACAUCUCGCCCAACUUCAACUUUAUGGGGCAGCUUUUGGAUUUCGAGAGGACACUGGGGCUAAACAGUCCCUGCGACAACCGCUCGACGCCCAACGACCAGCUCUUCUUCACCACGCCCACCAAUCACAACAUGUUCCAGCUGGACUCGCUGGAGUCCACAUGAAGGCCAGCAGAGGAUGCUGGGUGGGAGCAGCCACCCUUUGAAUGUUUAUCUCCCAUCUCCAGGGGAGCUUUUGACCUGGAGGACAGGCCAGCAGCCGCGGCGAAAGGAGGAACGGAGGGUGGUUAAGCAUACGGGCCCCUCUAAAGCCCUCCGGUGGAUUUUAAUGCAGCUUUUCUUGCCUUCAUGGAAUAGACUGUUCUUUUUUUCGGUCACGGUUUGAUACGUGAGACUUUUGCACAGCGAUUGGCUCGAAGAGAAGGAAGCUUUGAUUGCAGAUGCCCUCCCGUCUCUAAGGCUGCCAACGCACCACAUGGGAUAUUGCUUUUCUAACCGGACGAGAACGUAGGGUCUGAUUCGCUCUCCGAGCGAAAGCCGAGAGGUGCACCACAUGCAUUCUGUCCAUUUCUAUACCCUUGUCUCUUUCCUCUGUGCAGAACCAUGUUGUCCAAAGUAGUGAUGGUGUUGGCGACCAAACCAACACAAACAAACAUUGUGAGCCCUCCCCCUCUUUAUUUUCUCUCUCUCUCGCUCUCGCUCUACGUUUGCAAUGACCUAAUGCGUUUUGCACAGUGGCGAAGCCUUUCUCUUCUUGGCACUUAAAAGUGGUACUCCAACACGGACAGAAAGAGACAUUCAGAGGAGCUGCCAGUCCGAGGCUGUGACGAGACCCUGCAGCUGCGUGGGACGACGCGUGCACUUAAAGCUCAUUGUUCAUUAACCGCAAGAUCGACAGAUCCACGUUUGUGUCCCAACUUCCGGGCUCACUCACCUUCUGGCCUUGGCGUUUCUCAUUACAGUAUGAAUAUAUUGUAUUAAUUUCUACGUAAGAGUAUAUAUAUAUAUAUAUAUAUUCACUCGAUGUAUUUGGGCAUGCAAUCCUCUCAAGACGUGGCACGUCACCGAAUGUUGAGGACUGUUUUUUUAACUACUCUUGCUGCUCCCGGGCGGCAAACAGUGUGUAGCGAGGGCGUUCCUCAGGAACGAGCGACUGGACCCGAGCGGACGAGUGCUUGAGUUAACAGGGUUGCUUUAAGCUGGCCUUAUAUAACCUUUUUAAUUCUUUCUUACUCUGACUGUUCAAUACUCUCUUUGUAUCUUACUUUAGAAGUCAUUGUAUUACCAAGACGUUUGUUCAUUUUUAAAGAAACCAAUAUGUAGUAAUAAUAAUAGACGACUAAUGGUCUUUAACGGGUCAGUCAAGGUUGUAUUUGUUACUCUGCAAUAUACCCAACAACCCUUUGCAGUAUUUUCUAGAAAAUGGCCUCGGGUUUUUGACUCCUCUACUUUUGAUACUAGAGAUCCACAGAGAUAGAGCUUGAAACGGAGGCAGCUUUUCGCCCGGGGUGUCCGGAGCGCGUCUGGGUGCUGGGCGCUCGCUCGUGUUUCUUCCAAUUUGAUUUUAACAGAUUUCUUUAAUUUACAAAAUACGUGCUAUAUACUGACUCCUGUGGCCUUUUCGUAUCUCAAUAUAUGUAUACAUGCAUACAUAAAAUUUAAUAAUCUUCUUGUGUAGAUAUGCAAGAGUCGCCCCCCCCCCCCUCCCAAUAUAUAUAUAAUCUCAUCCUGAUUGAAACGACCCAGUCACAAUAACAACACGGCGCUCUCGCGUCACCCCGGGAUGGAAAGGCGCUUCAUUUCCUGGCUUCUUUAUUUACACGUACAUCUUGAUUUCAAGCUGCUUCUUGUGGAGGAAUGUUUGUAUCCGUAUCCAUGGGAAAGAGAAACCGUUCAUGUUUUUAUCUGUUCGUAUAUUGCCAGAACACAGGAGCAAGGCUUUCUGUGGACGUUUAUUGUAGCUACACAACGGUUCUGCAAUUAAUAACAGUAGGAACGAAAACGAACGACACACAGGAACUUGAUGAGCGAAUAAGGAACUGUAUAUCUUACCUCACAGAGGAAUUUUUCAGGGAUUUUUAUUUGACAAUGCGUCGGCAUCGUGUUCAAACAGCUUCAAAUGUCAAAGAGCUGUUUUAUAUGUGCUGUAUACGUUUUUUUUUUUUUUUUUUUUUUUAAGAUGCAAUCUAUCUUAUGUGUAUAAUACUGGGCUUGGUAACCGGGCAGUUAAAUUUUUCUGGUUUAUGAAGGAUAUAAAAUUGUCCAUAUGUAUUGUAUAGUAUAUGAAAACCAAUACAAGACUUGUUUGUACUGCAAAUAAAUAUUGAAUUAUUUUUUGGUUAUCC